AAGUAUCGCCACUUGGUUAUGGAGCAUGGAUGGAAUAGUAAGGGUGAAUUCAGCGCCGUAGAUGUAGAGUCAGUGGACAUGUUUAAGUUUCCACAGCUACAGAUUAUCCCUUACACCAGAAUCACAAUCAACAAAGGGGAUUGUUUGUUUAUACCAUACAAAUGGUUACAUUAUGUGGAUUCCAAGCCCGGAAGAAACUUGGCUGUCAAUUUUUGGUUCCAUCAUUUACCUUGGUUUAACAGCUCGGAUCCAGAGUGUGAGGGAGUGGAUCCAUACCAGAAUUCUAGUGUCCCCCUAACGACUUUCAAGAAGUCCGAACCUGAGGUAGAAUUCAGAAUGCUUUUCUUGGAACUUUUUGAGGAUGUCAUGAGUUUUUACAAAGAGUCCUUCAGUGAAUACAUGCAGCAGAAAAUCCCCUCCAUUACACAAAACGAUGUGGAAACUCUAAAUGAGGUCUUUUCAAAAAUGGAUAAGGACGGUAACAAAGUGUUAUCCUGGGAUGAAUUAUUUUCAAUGGACAUUGUUGCAUUUAUAGAUGAAUACCCAAAUUUGUUUGGCAAGAUAUUCUCCAAUGUAACUGCAGAUUAUUUCAAAAUUGAGAAGAAAGGAGAAGAGGAUUUAGAGUUGUCCAAAGAUAAAAAUGCAGGGGACCUUGUACUAGAAGAUUCAGAGAAUGCACAGGAUGAAAGUCAGAGGUCAGAUGAUGUCCGACCUUCACCUGUAGAAACUCUUGAUAACCUUGAGAAGGAGAAACUGAUUAAAAUGGUGGAUGAUGGGAAUUUGGUCAUGGAAGAAGAACCAAUAAUGAGUCCUCAUGAGGAACUGUGAUUUUAUGAAAUGUUACUGAAUGCUAGGAAUGCAAAUUGUACUAUGUUACUGAAUAAUGCAAAUGUGCUAUAAAAAUUGUAAUCCAGUCAAUGAAUAAAGCAAAUUUUGGUACUAAUUUAUCUUUUU